AUGGGGAUAACCAAUUUCGUGCUCACGGUUGCCGGUGUUAGCGCCGUCGUGCUUCUCCUCCGAAGCGACGUCAAAAAAUCAGCUUCAAUUUUCAAACAAAACGUUAAACAAAUUCGUCACUGGCUCGAAGAAGAAACCCCUAAUCCUUCCAAGGUUACAAAAGAACUACAAUCAAAGGUUACUCCAAAAGACAUACCUAAGGAGGAUAAGCACUAG